GUCAAGGGUCCAUUCGUAUCGUGGUCUUUGUUGGAUGUCGGUUGUUUUCGGAGGUCCUGUGGAAUCAUAAUCGGAAAUUGAUUUGUUUUAAAAUGUCCAAAGUGAUUAGUGUUGACGUGGGAAAUCUCCCGGAAAGUUGGUUGGAUUUUGUGGCGCAAAUAUACAGGGAGAGAAAUAUUGAUGUUGAUUCACCGAAGUUCAGCGUGACUUGGCUAGACGACCAAGGGGAUGAAGUCGUUGUCUGUAACGAGAAAACCUUCCAGACAUUCUUAAAGAUGUCUUCGGGAAAGUUAAUCAUUAAAUCUGAAGAGAAGACGCCAAUAAAAGUUCAUUUUGAUCUCGCUGAACGGAAGGAAGUGGUCUAUAGUUUUGCGGAAACAUUUAAGACCUUACUGGAGGAUAUAGAUGGUUGCUUCCGUAUUGGAUUCCCCAAUACGGACUAUCGCAUCUAUUGGACUGAUUCAGAUGGCGAUAAUUUUAACAUCGUCAAUGAGAAAGGUUUCGAGCUAUUCUUGAAGUAUGGCGGUUCCAAGCUCUACAUCAGUCGAAAAAAUGCGCCGACACCAGCAGAAAGCUCAGGCCCAAUUAAAGUAUCGGUUAAUCAGAAAGGCGAUUUUCACCGAGAAUAUAUAAACUAUGUUGCAAAUUGGAACAGUUUACUUAAAGAAAUCCAAUCCACGUUCGACUUGGUUUUUGCAGGCAUCGAUUAUCGCAUGUUUUGGAGAGAUGCAGACAACGACGAAGUCGAUAUAUAUGAUGAUUCUUCUCUCUAUGUCUUCUUGGAAAAGUCGAAAGAAGUUGAUCGGCGAAUUUAUAUUGUUGAGAAACCUAGAACACCUAAUAUAAAAGUAUGCUUCACACGGGCUUUGCAAAGGAACCAACAAGUGUUUUACUGGAAUCCAGAAAAUUAUUCGUCAUUUCUAAAGUUAAUGAAGAUUAAUCUUCGAAUAGAUCCGAAGAAUUACAUGAUAAUUCCGGAUGGAAUGAAGGAAAACAUUAAAAAUGCUCAAGAUUUCGAAACAUUUUUGAAAUCACCAGGAGAAAAGAAAAUUUUUAUUCGAUCGGCUGAUGAUCUGGCCUUAGAGUUGCCCGCUAAAGUUUCUGGUGAAUUAUGCGAGUAAAAUUUCUUAAACGCUGCAAUUCCGUGGGUGGCACAUCAAAUCUAUUUUCUUUAUGAACGGAAUUUAGUUUAGUUUGCAAAAAUUUCAGAAGGUUUUUAAGUUAUUGAUGAACGGCUAGAAUUGGCUUCUUUUUUAUCACAUUGAAAAUUGAUUUAUUUUUUCUUCUCAUGUACCUACUUUUUCACGUGAUUUAAUAAAAAGAGUAAAGAUUAAAACGAAAUGCAUCCAUUUAUG